CACCGAUGAACGGUGUUGGGCAUUCAAAAAGCUUGCGAGAUUUCUUGUGUAGGAAGUGCUGAUUCUCGGUACAACUUGGACUAUAGCCUUCCAUUGUUCAGUUCGUCUAAGCAGAAUCUCGCCAUCAACAUGAAGUCUUUCAUCCUAGCUGCUCUAGCGGGCUUGGCCCUUGCAACGCCAACCCCCACCGUUGACAAGAGAGCGACUACAUUCUGUGGACAAUGGGACUCGGCGCAGACCGGCUCGUACAUUGUGUACAACAACCUCUGGGGCGCGUCUUCCGGGACAGGCAAGCAAUGCACGACCGUGAACGGCCUCUCGAGUAACAGCGUGGCCUGGUCAACGUCAUGGUCAUGGUCUGGCGGCAAUUACAACGUCAAGUCGUACGCAAACGCCGUCGUUCAGACUUCGGCGAAGCGAAUUUCUGCCAUUUCAAGCAUCCCGACAACUUGGAAGUAUACGUACACCGGUUCCAACAUGGUCGCAAAUGUGGCAUAUGAUGUGUUCACAUCUUCGUCAUCAAGCGGUUCAUCGGAAUAUGAGAUAAUGGUGUGGCUAGCCGCUCUCGGUGGCGCGGGACCUAUUUCAUCGACCGGCAGCCCCAUCGCGACUCCAACCGUCGGUGGUGUAUCUUGGAAGCUCUACGAAGGCUAUAACGGUGCCAUGCACGUUUUCAGCUUCGUUGCCUCGUCCCAAGUCACUAACUUCAGCGGUGAUCUCAAGAACUUCCUCACUUACCUCAACCAGCGCAACGGCCUGUCUACAUCGCAGUACGUCACUAGCAUUGGUGCCGGAACUGAGCCUUUUGUCGGCUCGAACGCUGUCUUGACCACUUCGGCCUACUCCAUCACUGUGAAUUAGUUGUAGCACUUGGAAGUUAGAGUGGUCUCUUAUUCUACCUGCAUAGUAUGGAUAAUGAGGAACCUAU